AUGGCCAACGCCCUCUGGGACACAAGGGCCAUCUCCUACACAGGAUGUGUUGCACAGCUCUUUUUCCUUCUCCUCUUCAUGUCAGCAGAGUAUUCUUUUCUCACCAUCAUGUCCUAUGACCGCUACGUUGCCAUCUGCAAGCCCCUGCACUACAGGACCUUGAUGGACAGCAGAGCUUGUGCCACCAUGGCAGCAGCUGCCUGGGGCACUGGGGUUCUCAAUUCCCUGCUGCACACUGCCAGUACGUUUUCACUGCCUCUCUGCCAAGGGAAUGUUGUCAACCAGUUUUUCUGUGAAAUCCCCCAGAUUCUCAAGCUCUCCUGCUCAGAAUCAAAUCUCAGGGAAAUUGUGUUUCUCAGUUUUAGUAUCAGUUUAGUAUUUGGUUGCUUUGUUUUUAUAGUGGUGUCCUAUGUGCAGAUCUUCGUGGCUGUGCUGAGGAUGCCCUCUGAGCAGGGACGACACAAAGCCUUCUCCACGUGCCUCCCUCACCUGGCCGUGGUCUCCCUAUUUACCAUCACUGGCUUUUAUGCCUACCUGAAUCUCCACUCUGUCUCCUCUUCAUUCAUGGGCCCAAUGGUAGCAGUUCUGUACUCAGCUGUGCCACCAGCUGUGAACCCCCUCAUCUACAGCAUGAGGAACCACAAAGUCAAGGAUGCA